UGCUAAAUUUAGUUCUCAUGUCGUCCUAGAAAACUCAGUUUAAUUGCUUUUAACGCACUUGUGUGUCGUUUUGCACAUUAACCCCAGAGCAGGAUGCCGACGGGUUUGGGUUCGGAAGCGAAAAUGAUUAUUAUUGCAAGGCUCGGGCACGCGCUGGGACUAAAACCUGCAUGCUGCUGCGGUUUAUUCUCUUUAUGGGAGUGAGGGAUUUAUCUGUCCAGGUGCGUUUGCAGCGGGAGAGAAAUCUGACUUUCCGCAUCCCCUGAUUGCGCAUGCGCUUAUUUAUUCCUGUAUGUAUUUAUUUGCGCAUGCAGUAACUGAAGGGGUUUGUGUCUGUGAUCCUGCUGCGCUUUGUGUCUGUGAUCCUGCUGCGGUUUGUGUCUGUGAUCCUGCUGCGCUUUGUGUCUGUGAUCCUGCUGCGCUUUGUGUCUGUGAUCCUGCUGCGGUUUGUGUCUGUGAUCCUGCUGCGGUUUGUGUCUGUGAUCCUGCUACGGUUUGUGUCUGUGAUCCUGCUGCGCUUUGUCUGUGAGUGCACUGAUGCUCAUCCUGAGUGCUGCACUGCUCAGUCCUGCUGGGAAAAAGCCCUGAGUCAUGGAAGUUCUCCGAGUACCGCAGUGCAUCCUCCUCUUCAUCCUCAUCCUCACCCCUCCCCCUCUUCAUCCUCAAUGCGGGACUGAGCAGGACGCCAUGACAGCGCGCACUGGAUCGCAGCCCUCCUGCAUCUUUCCUGCGCUCCCUCCACAGAUAAAGCAGAGAUCAUGCCCUGUACGUGGCACUCUGAGAUUUGUUUUGUAUAAUAACCAAUAACAGUAUGGGGAUUGAGAGUCAAGUCCCGGCCCAGCCUGCAGGCAACCUGACCCCCAGACAGGUGAAGACUUUCCAGAAGGUGGAACCAAAAGCUUUAGGGUCGAUCCAGAUCAUCAUCGCUGCUUUUUGUCUGUGCCUGAGUGUCUCCAUGCUUCAGAUCCAAAAUGAAGUUCACUUUUACCCCGACCUCAUCGCAGUGGGAGUGAUCGCCUUGCAGAUUCUUGCCUCCGGUUCAAUCCUGAUCCAUGCUGGGAGGUCCCCUUCUCUUUUAUGGGUAAAGACUACGCUGGCCGUUCACCUUGUGAGCGCUGCGGUCGCCACUGCCGCUCUGGGCCUCCUGUCUCGCCACCUUCCCUACAGACAAGACUCGUAUCACUGCGAGCACUGCAGGAGACUGGAGAUCUACGCUGUGCAACAAAAUUGUUUCAAGAAAUGCUCUUAUGUGAUCGAAAGACACUAUAAACUCUUGAUUGAUGGCAUGUUGGCUACGUUGGUGCUGUUCCUGCUGGUGGAGCUGACCAUCUGCAUCAUCACCAUUCUCUUUGGACUCAGCGUUCUGGCUAAAGGAGGCCUGCAUCUGCCUGGAGUGGUUCAGCGUAUUGAACGUCCUCCAGCUCGUCCAGCUCCACCUCAGCCAGAAGUCACACCUCCUCAGGUGGAGGUGUUGGAGGAGGUGAUGGUACCCGUGGCUGCACAGGAACCUCAUCCUCAGCCAGUAGAGGAAGCUUCUACUCCUCCCACUGAACCACAGGUCGAGCCUAUUGACUCGAUACCGGAGGUCUGAUCCACGGUCACGUGACAUUUCCACUGCAAAUAGGAGCUUUAUUCAUUCAAAUGAUUUCUCUGAGCAGAAAGUAUCGCGAUCGGUUUAGUUAUGUGGCUAAUCAUUUUCCGCUCGCAGAACAAAUUUCAAUAAGUAAAACUCCUAUGUGCUUUUCCACCAAUCAGAAAGCCGAGCAAAUAUCUGAGGCCAAGAAUGAAAUGUAUACAAUUUACAUUAGCCUCGUAGCUCGUUUUUUUGUUGUUGUUUUUUUAGCCAAAGGAAUCAUUAUGAAGUUCAUAAUGAUUCCUUUGGCUAAAAAAACGUCAUGUUGCAUGAAUAAUGAUAUUAGAGCCAGCUUUCCCCAAAACGUGUAGACCUUUAGAACCGAUUAAAUAGUUUAUACCAGAGUGCUGUUGAAUUCUCAAAGCUGAUUGGUCAGAAGGUGCUGAUUAAUUUUCUAUAACAGCAGCUCAGACAGUAGUUCCUGCUGCAAGGUAAAUCAAGUUUACAUAAAUUCACUUCUUCCAAUAUGUUUUCGUUUCUGUAGUAACGACUAAUUAUGGAAGGAGUCUCCAGUUUCGGUUCUUUGUAAAGCAGUAACGUUACGUUUUAUCGAAGUCUCGGUAAUGUAACGAGCUGCAUUUUCUGUCUUCAGGAAAGUGAAAAAGCCUGGUGAGGUCAGGGAACUGUUUACAGCUGCUUAAGUGAUAACAGGAACUUUAUUGUUUCAUGGACAUUCCAGAUAACUAGAAAUGGAUAAAAAAGUACUCUGUGUCAUUUUUGAGGAAUAAAAUAUUUCAGGCAUAGGAAAAUGAUCAACUUCAGGGUGAUAAUAGUAACUCAUCACAUGACCCCAUUGUUGAUUAUUUUCCAGUAACAGCACACCCUGAAGUGUUUUAUUCAAUACUCAUGUGAGUAUCAGUACUUUUUUGAGAAGCUGUGUCCUACAGACAGAAAUCUGUAUGUUAAUAUCACUAGAUACUGGUACAUUAUUGUAAGAUAUACAUUUUUUUUUGCCAAAAAUGUUAUUUUGUUGUAUUAUGUGUAGACACCUGAUGUUUUCGACUCUGUUCCAUAUUAACGCUUCCACUAUCGAGUGGAUGAAUGUGAUUAGCUGUUGUAAUAUACUCACACUAAGACUA